CAAGCUUCCCGCCAGUCCCCUAACCUGAGGCUGCGGCGCGGCGGUCCCUGCGCCGAGGUAGUGGGCCCCAGCACUGCGCUCUCUGGCCGUUCCUUACAGCUCUGCUCCAGGCUCCCGUGCAGGCGUGUAGUGGGACAUGGCGAACUCGGGCUGCAAGGACGUCACGGGUCCAGAUGAGGAGAGUUUUCUGUACUUUGCCUACGGCAGCAACCUGCUGACAGAGAGGAUCCACCUCCGAAACCCUUCGGCGGCGUUCUUCUGUGUGGCCCGCCUGCAGGAUUUUAAGCUUGACUUUGGCAAUUCCCAAGGCAAAACAAGUCAAACUUGGCAUGGAGGGAUAGCCACCAUUUUUCAGAGUCCUGGCGAUGAAGUGUGGGGAGUAGUAUGGAAAAUGAACAAAAGCAAUUUAAAUUCUCUGGAUGAGUGGAGAAAGAAAUGUCACACUGCCUUUCAGAAUCAGGGAAAUCACCCUUGCAAGCACAAGACAAGAAUGUGGGAUAGAGACCCCAACAUUCCUGUUCAGAACCUAAGCUUAGCUCUCUAUUGGCAGGCCCAAUCAGGUCAUGGCACCUGUAAUAGAUUAUUUGCAUGGGUGCAAAAGAAAAUGGUUUGCCACUGGAGUAUCAGGAGAAGUUAAAAGCAAUAGAACCAAAUGACUAUACAGGAAAGGUCUCAGAAGAAAUUGAAGACAUCAUCAAAAGGGGGGAAACACAAACUCUUUAGAACAUAACAGAAUAUAUCUAAGGGUAUUCUAUGUGCUAAUAUAAAAUAUUUUUAACACUUGAGAACAGGGAUCUGGGGGAUCUCCAUGUUUGAUCCAUUUUCAGCAGUGCUCUGAAGGAGUAUCUUACUUGGGUGAUUCCUCGUUUUCAGUCUAUAAAAAGAAACUGGGAUAGAAGUUAGACAAUUUAAAAGGGGUGUAUGAGGGCCUGAAAUAUGUGACAAAUGAAUGUGAGUACCCCUUCUGUGAACACUGAAAGCUAUUCUCUUGAAUUGAUCUUAAGUGUCUCCUUGCUCUGGUAAAAGAUAGAUUUGUAGCUCACUUGAUGAUGGUCCUGGUGAAUUGCUCUGAGAUUUUUAAAAAUCAGCUUAAUGAGAGUAAUCUGCAGACAAUUGAUAAUAACAUUUUGAAAAUUGGAAAGAUGGUAUACUGUUUUUAGAGGAAUAAACGUAUUUGUGGUUUAA